ACCCCUCACCCACCUCCCCUCUCUCUCCUCUCUCUCUCUCUAUAUUUAUCACAAACGUAAAUUCCAAACUAAAAUCUUUUAUUAUAUAUUUCAAUUGAGUCCCCAAUUUCUACUCUUAUUAUCACUCAAAAUGCCACUCUCUCCUCUCCUCUCCCUCCAUUUUUAAAUUUCUAAAAUUUAUUUUUAUUUAAUUUAUUAUUCAUGAAAUAAUACUCUUAUUUAAUUCUUAAACAAUAUCCAUAUAUACGUAUUUUGUAUUUUCAAAACUUUCUAAACUUUAUGUUUUUUGUUAGUUUAAUGUUUAACUACUAAAAAAACCUAUAUUUAGAAAUUUACGAAUUAUACGUACAAGUAUUGUGUGAGUAUAUAAAUUGAAAAUGUGGUUCUUUUUGUGUUGAUUUGAGCUGAAAUUCAGAUCCAAAUGUGAGUGAAUUGGCUGUGUAUUAUCAAUUUUUAGAUGCGAAUCUAAAAAUUAGGGUUUGGAUUUAGUAAUUAAUUCAAGUUUGGGGAUAAAAUUAGGGUUUUGAAAAAGAUGAGUUUUAGGGUUCCGGGACUGCCAAUGAGGAUGAUUGAUAAAGAAGAUGAGCUUGCUUUGUUUCUCGAGAUGACGAAAAUUGAGAAAGAACGUGACUCGGUUUUCUUGCGUAACUCGGACGAGUUGGAUGCUUCACUCGGAAUGACGGGGAGUUCUCCAAUAUAUGAUAUUGCAGCGAGUUUAGGACCUGCACUGAAGACUGCAUCUGAUGAGUUUUUAAACUCGGAGGGUGAUAAGAAUGAUUAUGAAUGGCUACUAUCCCCUCCUGGAACUCCUCUCUUCCCUUCAUUGGAGAUGGAAUCACAACAUACCUUUACGAGUGAGACUGGAAUUCCUGAAACUCAUCCAAUUGCAUCAAAAUCUAGAAUAGCAGAUGUCCAGCUGGAGUCUACUGCAAGCAACUUAGCAUCCAGACAUUCUGCUUCAUCUCCUGGGUUGAAUAUGUCUACUGGAGGAGCUAGGAGGCCCUCCUCAUCUGGGGUUCCAGGGACGAGGUCUGCUACACCAACUCGACGCCCCACUUUGAACUCGGCAUCUAAGCCAGUAUUGACCUCAGCCCCUAAGCCCUCAUCGACUGCUACAUCUAAACCCUCAGUUGGUAAUACAUCUAAGCCUUCAAGGUCUUCAACACCCACCUCUCGUUCCACUUUAACCUCAAAUAAGCCCACAAUUCCUUCGAGAUCUUCAACACCAACAAGGUCUACUGCAAGAUCUUCAACACCUACACCCAUAUCAACCGCAAGAUCUUCAACACCUACGCCCAGAUCAACUGCAAGAUCUUCCACACCUACAGCCAGGUCUACUGAAAGAUCCUCAAUAACUACAGCUACUUCUAAUGCUAGAUCUUCAAUACCUUCACCUAGUUCUACUGCAAGAACUUCAACACCAUCUAGUUUUACUGCAAGAUCUUCAACCCCUACAGCUAGGUCAGCUGCAAGAUCUUCAACACUGCUGGUUAAAACCUCUUCAUUACCUGCAUCCAAGCCAACAUCUAGGGCAACAACGCCAAUUCGCAGACCAAACACAUUAUCAACAGCAUCAGAUUCAUCUUCUCCUCCGGUUAAGUCUCCUUCUUUGUUCCCUAAGGCAGCUACUGCUACUUCUAGGUAUCCAGUGCCUCCACGUGUUAGUUCUCCGGUAGUGAAACCGAGACCAUGGAAACCUUCAGAGAUGCCUGGUUUUUCUCUAGAUGCACCACCAAAUUUACGGACCUCAGUUUCUGAGAGACCUAUCUCAGCUACUAGGGGUAAGCCUGGAUUACAAAGUAUUCGAUCUUCAUCAGUCGAGCCUGCUCCUAAUGGAAAGAUUAGACGUCAAUCAUGUUCUCCCUCAAGAGGAAGACCUCCAAACGGCAUAACUGUCAACAGCAGAAGCUCCGUUCCUGCACUGAGUCGUGCAUAUGCUAAUGCUAAUGAUAAUGUGAGCCCUGUCAUGUACGGAACGAAGAUGGUUGAAAGGGUGAUGAAUAUGCGGAAACUGGCACCACCGAGACAAGAUGACAAACAUUCCCCCCACAGUAACUUAUCUGGAAAGUCCUCAUCCCCCGACAGCUCGGGCUUUGGACGAUCUCUCUCUAAGAAAUCCUUGGACAUGGCUAUGAGGCAUAUGGAUAUAAGACGAAGUAUUCCAGGCAAUCUAAGGCCGUUGAUGACAAAUAUUCCUGCAUCUUCCGUGUAUAGUGUGAGAUCAGGCCCUGCACCAAGAAGCAGGAUAGUUGGAGUUUCAGAUUCGCCUGUUGCCACAAGCAGUAACGCUAGUUCAGAAGUAAGUGUUAAUAACAAUGCUCUAUGCAUGGACAGAAGUGAAAUAGAGGAUGAUAUUAAUAGUGAAAGAGGGCCCCCCCCUGCAAGUGUGCUAGGAAGGUAAUAUUUAGUGCUUGUCUUCUAUAAUAAUAUACAUAGUAGUUUCUAAUACAACUUGUGAUUGUUAUAGUUCUCUUCUGGCAGUUAGAGUGGAAGAGUUAUUGACCACUUCAGUGGGUUGACAGGAUUGUGGUUUGUGUGCCAAAAAAUUUAUGUAAAGUGAGAUGGAGUAAUCUGGUGUAUCAUAUAUCACAUUUGUUUUAUAAGAAGUACUUGCCACAUCCCA